GGCCGCCUCCGAGUCGCUCGCGGGGCGUGGGGCGGUGCUGGGCAUCAGCGGCUGAGGCGAGCUCGACGCCGGGACUGUCCAGGGAGGCGCAGCGCAGCGCGGCGGGAACCCUCAGUCGGAGUCACCCGGGAGCAGGAGCAGCAGCCGCCGCCGUCCGCUGAGCGCAGUCGAGCCGGCCAUGGCGUUGUCGAUGCCGCUGAACGGGCUGAAGGAGGAGGACAAAGAGCCCGUCAUCGAGCUCUUCGUCAAGGCUGGGAGUGAUGGUGAGAGCAUAGGAAACUGCCCCUUUUCCCAGAGGCUCUUCAUGAUUCUGUGGCUCAAAGGAGUUGUAUUUAGUGUCACAACCGUGGACCUGAAAAGGAAGCCUGCUGACCUGCAGAACUUGGCUCCUGGGACCCACCCACCAUUUAUAACUUUCAACAAUGAAGUCAAAACGGAUGUAAAUAAGAUUGAAGAAUUUCUCGAAGAAGUCUUAUGCCCUCCCAAGUACUUGAAGCUUUCACCAAAACACCCAGAAUCAAAUACUGCUGGAAUGGACAUCUUUGCCAAAUUCUCUGCAUAUAUCAAGAAUUCAAGGCCAGAGGCUAAUGAAGCAUUGGAGAGGGGUCUCUUGAAAACCCUGCAGAAACUGGAUGAAUAUCUGAAUUCUCCCCUCCCUGAUGAAAUUGAUGAGAACAGUAUGGAGGACAUUAAGUUUUCUACACGUAAAUUUCUGGAUGGCAAUGAAAUGACAUUAGCUGACUGCAACCUGCUUCCCAAACUGCACAUUGUCAAGGUGGUGGCCAAAAAAUAUCGCAACUUUGAUAUUCCAAAAGGGAUGGCUGGCAUCUGGAGAUACCUAACUAACGCUUAUAGCAGGGAUGAGUUUACCAAUACCUGUCCCAGUGACAAGGAGGUUGAAAUAGCAUAUAGCGACGUAGCCAAAAGACUCACCAAGUAAACUAUCACUUAUGAGAGAGAUGAUUUCACGUCUUCCCCUAAGAACAUGCUUUUCCUAACAGACUGCUCCUGUUCCUAUAAAGUAGAAAUCUUAUUUUGCAUGAACAUGCAGUUAUUCAGGAUUAGGAUCAAGGAUAGACCAGGUAUAGUAGCUGUCUUUAAGUACACACUCCUAAGCAGUAUUAUGUUAAAAUUCUUCACCCUGCCUCCCCUUCCUGCCCCUACCCCUUCCCCUGCCCCCCAUUUGGGGACACUCCAUCACGCUCUUUUCACUUUAGAGGUCCUUUGCCAUCCUUCCGGAACCCUCACUGUUGUGUCUGUUCGCUUUGUGUAGACGGCGGAACUUUGAGUGUUGAUGUGUGAACAUAGUAACCGUGACCUCCUCAGUCAGCCCCCAGCUGGUGCACAAUGCGUGGUACAAGGAAUAUUUAUGUAUGUUUGGAAUUUUAGAGUAUUUCGUAUAUGAAGGGAUCGCCACCAUAUCAGAAUACCGCCGUAUCUGUCAGUUUCGGGAUAAUCUGUCCCGGGUGUGCUCCCACCAGUGAAGAGAGCCUUCCACAGAAAGUCACUACAAACUUUGCCAUUUCACUUUUGUACGUGGGUUUUUACUUUUGCCCGAAAGCAUUUAUCCCUCAAACCAGAUGUAACAUCUGACCCUAUGUAGAAGCUAAAAGUUUAGAGAGAGAGAGAUGAUAAUUCUCAAGGUCUUCCUCAAGUCCAUAUGAGAAAAACCAGUGGGCACCUGCCCUUCUGUCUAAAUGUGUGGUGGGUUUUUUUUAUGUUUUUUUUGUGAUUUUUUUUUUUUGUGUGUGUGUGAUUUUUUUUUUUUUUUUUUUUUUUUUUGGUAUGUAUUUUGCCCAGUGCCAUUCAUUUGGAACCAUAUUGCUUUCCUCCUUUAUUUAAAAAUCUCCUUUUUAGGUAAGCAUAGACUUUGCUGUCUGUAGAUCUUUUGAGCAACACUACAUAAACUGAUCUUUAGUUGAUUUUGCUGUCGCAGUACAACGAUUUGUAAUGAUUAACCCUCACAGAUAUUAACCAAAGGAAUGUCGGGUGGGUUUGUCAAAAUGGCAAGUAGAAUUUUGUUUCUAAAACAUAUUUAAUUAAUGUGGAUCAUCUAAACAAUGCACUUUCCACCCUAUAUUAAAAACAAGAUAAAACACACGUUACGAGCUUUCCCAUUCCACUCCCGUUUACUGUUAAACUUUGGGUUGGAGGAUGGUUCGCUCCUUUGGGACUAAAUUGUAGUUGUGAUGGUGAGAAUGCAUUUACCGAGUUUUGCCUAAUCUCAGUCAUUGUACGUCUUUCCAUUAAAUUUUUCUAAAGCCGCACUGAGGGAUAGCACUCUGCAUGCUUGUUUUUUAGAUUGACUUCCUAAACGAGGGAUGGUCUGUGCUCUGACAGGGGAGGAUGAACUUGGCAAAAAUAAAACAAAAAGUCUGCUAUGUAUUUAUUCAUUUUUUAAAAACGUACUUUAUAAAUACUGCUCCAAAGACCAUGGCUGUGACUCGAAUACACUUUUGGUAAUUUUUUAUAUAUAACUUGUUUAAGAAGUGCUAUUUCUCAGAGGCUGUUUUUGGAAAUUCAAGUAUAUUAUUGCUUUAAAGUGGCGGUGUUUCCCCCCACUUUGAUGUGGUAACAUUCAGUAAGCACUGGUGUUAUGGAAGCAGCCUGAUUUUUAUAAAUGUACUGCAUUUUUAUCAGUAAUUGCUUGGUAUAGAAGGGUGAGCUCCAUAUUGUCUCCGUUCGGCUCAGGGAAGUUUCUUUGCCUUACCUUUCUUAGAACGCCUUAUUGGUGAUCGAAAGUUGGGGCACCCACCUUUUUAUAAUUAAAUAUUGGAUGAUGACUUACCUGGUUCCAAGAAGAGCACUCAGGUUAUCAUUGAGAGGUUCUAUAGCCUCAGUGGGUGAAAAUGUCGCAUCUGCACCGGGAAGCACAUUGCCAGUUCUCACCUACUUUCUAAGUGGUAAGUUGGCAUUCAGGUGAUACCGAGCCGGGCCUCGUAGCCUGAAGUAUGAAAAAGAUUCAAGAGAAGGGGGUCUGUUCUUCCAAGUGAAUGGUGGCCUCGGUGCAGAGGAGAGGGUAAUGAGGACAGCGGCACAUUCCUCAAAGUAGAGCGAUGGAAAACACAUUCUGAAAUUCAGUUGUGAAGUAUUUCACUUUCGAUAUUUAUUCUCUUCAGCGUCUUUUAAAAAUUUAUCCCAUGAUUAUACUUGGCUAUCCCUCUGGAUACCUAAGGAAGGCAGGUUUCUCUCUUCUGAUUUUGAUGUAGAAAGACCUUACUACUUUAUCAGGGAAGAUAGAUAAAAUUGAGAUUGGCAAAUGGACAAAAAGCUAGUAAAGAGAAUAAUCCUAGAACAUUUUUUUUUAAUCCCAUUUUGUACUUGCGGAAAGGUCGUAGCUUAAGAUAUUGGGAGCUAUUAGGACAUAAAAGUUUUCAUGGCAAUUAGUGUAUGAUUUGACAUAAUGUGGAUCAUCUGAUAUUUGUUUCUACAACUACUGAAUCAUUUCCCCCUUCAUUUAAACCCCUUACCUUCCCCUUCAACAAGAUUAGAUUCUGAAUGGAAACUCCCACUGUUUUCCAAGGAAUUCUGAGACAUUUUUGUGUUUAACAGUUGGAAAGCUCUUUAUUUCAGCAGAUAUAACUUCCUUUUUUUUUUUUUAAAUGUAGAUGCAGAUAUUCUCUAGCCUUCUAUCUUUUAUUAGGAUUGUUGGCUUUUGUGAUGAAAAUCAUAUAAGAUUUGAUUUCUUGGUAACUCAGCUUACACAAUUUAUGUUUAAAUUCUUGAGCAAUCUGUAUGCAAUUAAGAGACUUCUGACAUUCUUACACUAAGUUGAUCAACUCUAGAGUUUAGGCAAUUUAACUUCUGUUGAGUUUUGAAUCUCUCCAGAGUUAUGUAGAUAGCUUUUAUUUCUGUACAUUUAAAAUCUCCAUUUAGAAAAUAUCUGCAAGGUAAAAAAAAUGGGAAGAAAUAGCAAUGUAUUUUUUCAUGAACAUUUUGAUACACAUUUCAUCAAGUUUAUUGAUUAACCAUUUUCUUAUACUGGUUAUAGUCAGUAUUUGAUUCUGAGAGGGAAGUAUUCAUUAUUGAUACACUGUAUGGGCUUUUUUUAUUCCAUCCUUUACAAAUGAUCAAGAUUGGAGCCGUAAAAAUUAUAUUUUUAUCAUGGAAAAAAUUUCAACUCCCCAAGUCAUAAUGUUGAACAGAAUUGGAAUAUUUUCUUUAGAAUUACUUGAAAAGGCAAAUGAAAGCUUAUUAUAGAAUGCUUGUAUUUUCUUUUCUCUCUAGAACCAGUAUAUUGCUGGCAGCUAUUGUAUUAAAAAAAUAAAGUAUAUUUUCACUAUCAUAAAAGGUUCUUUUUUCCCCCCCUCAUGAAAAUAAAUAGUAACCUGGGGUAAAA